CAUAAAAAAAACACCAAUAACAUUCACAAGAAAAACACUCAUAUGGCUACAGCUACUCUCACUCUUUUCCUAGGGCUCUUAGCCUUAACUAGUACCAUACUUAGCUUCAACGCCGAUGCUAGGCCUCAACCAAGAGAUGAGGAUCUUGGUACCGUCAUUGGACCUCAUCAAACUAGCUUCGAUGACGAGGUAGGCAUCGUGAUUGGACCGCAUGCGACCGUCGAUGAUGACGAAGAUAUGGACAUGGAUAUGGGCACCAGCGUUGGACCGCACACCAACCUAAAUGAUGAUGAUUUGGGCACCAUCAUUGGACCCGAGUAUGAGAUCCACAAGCAAGAUUUCCCCGAAGAUUUCAUCUUUGGAACAUCUGUUUCCGCAUAUCAGGUUGAAGGUGCUAAAAAGGGUUCUGGAAGAGGCUUGACCUCAUGGGACGAAUUUACGCACAUGUUUCCUGAGAAGGUUCAACAAAAUGGCGAUGGAGAUGACGGAGUCGACUUCUAUAACCGUUACAAGGGAGAUAUAAAAUUAAUGAAGCAGUUGAACACGAAUGGCUUCAGAUUUUCAAUCUCAUGGACCAGGAUCUUGCCUUAUGGAACUAUUGAAAAAGGUGUGAACGAGGAGGGGGUGAAGUUCUACAACGAUCUUAUAGAUGAACUUUUAGCCAAUGGAAUACAGCCUUCGGUUACUCUCUUUCACUGGGAAUCUCCGCUUGCUCUAGAAAUGGAGUACAAAGGUUUCCUAAGCGAUAGGAUAGUAGAGGAUUUCCGGCAGUUUGCAAACUUUUGCUUCAAGGAAUUUGGAGAUAGGGUGAAGAAUUGGGCGACGUUUAACGAGCCAUCGGUAUACAGCGUUGCUGGUUACUCGAAAGGUAUUAAAGCGCCAGGACGGUGCUCUAAAUGGCUAGCCCCAAAAUGUCCCACAGGAGAUUCACACGAGGAACCAUACACAGUUGCUCACAACCAAAUUCUUGCUCAUCUUGCUGCUGUUGAUGAAUUCCGAAACUGUAAAAAGUGCCAAGAGGGUGAAGGGAAAAUUGGAAUAGUGUUGGUAUCUCACUGGUUCGAGCCUAAAGAUCCAAAUUCGAGUAAAGAUGUCGAGGCAGCAAGACGAUCCCUUGAGUACCAACUCGGCUGGUUUCUUCGCCCUCUCACAUAUGGACAUUAUCCAGCGGAAAUGUUAGAAGAUGUAAACAUCCGACUGCCUGAAUUUACACCAGAAGAAUCUGAGAAACUAAGAACAUCUUUGGAUUUCGUCGGAUUAAACUACUAUGGAGCAUUCUUCUCUACCCCUCUCGCCAGUGUCAAUUCAUCGCAGCUUAAUUAUGAGACCGACUUACGUGUAAACUGGACAGAUCAGCAAAACCAUUCACCACAUCUCAAGUCAACUUCAAUGGGUAUAGUGAUAUAUCCAGCGGGUUUGAUGAAGAUCUUGAAACAUAUCAAAGACGAAUACAUGGACCCAGAGAUUUACAUUAUGGAGAAUGGGAUGGACGAGAUCGACUAUGGGACCAAAAGCGUAACGGAAGCCACUAACGAUUACGGGAGGAAAGAGUUCAUCAAGAGUCACAUCUUAAUCAUGGGUAAAUCCAUCAGGAUGGACAAAGUGAGGCUGAAGGGUUACUACAUAUGGUCGUUAAUGGACAACUUCGAGUGGAAUAAAGGUUACAAAAUCAGGUUCGGGCUCUAUUACGUCGAUUAUAAUAACAACAUGACACGAUAUAUAAGGUCAUCUGGGAAAUGGCUAAGUGAGUUUCUUGAUUCCAAAGAGACUCUCCAUAAAUGCUAUUUUGAGGGCCAUCGUGAGAAAGGAUAUGCUCCCAAGUUGUUCGACGUUGAGUAUCUGGAACCUGAGAACUCGCAGCUAAGUUACAGGAGCGAUUUUAUGUGAAGAAGUGGUGAAACUAUGAUAUGAGUAGAGUCAAUCCUCAGCUAACCAUAUCGUUUAUAAUAAGAAGAAUAAAAGCUGGGAUAUGGU